AGAUCCGAAAGGGCGUGUUCGGCUCGAACAAUGUGAAGGUGGCCUUGACCUUAGAAGACCUGGCCUACGUCACCUACGUGCAGGAAUACAAUUGCGGCAACUUUGCCGAGUCCCGCGAUAUGGCCUACUCGGCUCUGCGCAUCCUCGAGCACCGCCUACCCAAGCACCACCUCCUCAAGGCCAGUGCCAAGCGCGUCGUGGCCCUCAUCAUCGAAGAAAUGGCCGUGGACGACACGAACCAGACCAAGAAGCAAUGCUUACUCGAGCAAGCCGAGCGGCUCCACCUUUCGUCAUUGAGUUUGGCCAAGGCCGCUUUUGGCGAGAUGAACGUGCAGACGGCCAAGCACUACGGCAAUUUGGGCCGACUCUACCAAAGCAUGGGUCGGUUCAAGCAAGCCGAGGAGAAGCAUCUCAAGGCCAUUGACAUCAAGGAGAAGCUCUUGGGCAAGGACGACUACGAAGUGUGUCUAAGUGUGGGCCAUUUGGCCUCGCUCUACAACUACGAGCUCAAGGACUAUGACAAGGCCGAGAAGUUGUAUCUCCGGAGUGUGCGCAUCAGUGAGACUCUCUUUGGUCCGGCCUAUUCGGAAUUGGAGUACGAUUACCGCGGACUCAUCCAGUUGUACCAGCAAUUGGAGGACUAUGACAAAUACUUGGAGUACUUCCAUAAGUUCGAGAACUGGAAACUCCUCCGAGAUCGACGACAUGAAGAAGAAGAACGCGAGAACCAGAAUGUGGCCGCCAAGGUCCGGAUGGCCUUGCCAGAAAUUGUGAAGGCCGUGGUGACCGAGGGAGGGCCUCAUUGAGAGGUGGAGCCCCAAUUCAACGAGUUGUCAGAUACUACUACACUUAGUCUCAGCCACGAUUGGAACCAUGAUGUUUUUGCCACCACACGAGAUUAAUACUAAUAAUGAUGAUGCUCUUGAUGUUACCGGAUAUUGAAAUGGCGGUGGGGUUGGCCGAUUUCUGUUGUCCGAUGAUGGUUCUCCUUCUCCACUGAUCACUUUAUUUUGACGUAUAUCAUUUUCUGUUUGAAUUACCUUUCAAAAAAGCGGUUAAAUAUCAAGAUUUCUAUUGAA